AUGUCAUGCCGCAUGCGCAAACAAACUUGCGCGUUGGUCAUGCGCUACAGUGUUUGUAUUUUCAGAAGAAAAAUCAGCAAUCAUAUUUUAUGAAUAAAUGAGAGAUAUUUCGGAUCAAUUUUACAAAGCGCAAGCCUCAAAAUGUGGUUUAGUAAAUUCUUUAUUUUAUUAAGUGUGUGGGUGAUGUUAUCAAUCGAAGUUGAAUCUUCAACCCACUGGAUAGUCACUGAGAGUGGGCUAAUUCAGCCGAGGCUAAAUUCGCCAUUUGAUAUGGAACGCCCAUAUGAUCUUCUGGCAUUUUUAAACCAAGAAAAGCGUUGGGAUGCCAUAUUUGAAAAUUACAACGAUCUUAUGAAACACCAGAAGGUUAUAGAUGCACUUUGGUUUGAUGUGGGUGAACAUACAAAUUCUGGUACACAAAUCCUUCAAGACAAAGACUGUGAGAAGGCUGGUAAUAUUAAUGCUAUUGAUUGGCAUGCAUCUAUCCUUGACGAUGGGUCAGAAAAGGUACCACAAGAGAAGUACUUAUUUCCGAGUGCUUACCAUGGCCCAAGUACUGAUGUACCAGACUGUAAACGCAUAUCUUCAUUGACAUUCAGUAUGUUCGCUUUUGAACAUUUAGAGAGUAUGAUGCAACGGGACAACUUGUCAGCUAACCCUGAGUAUGUGCUGCCAGAAUUGCUGACACCCAUAAUGACAUUGGAUCAAUUUGGCCAUUGGGUGACGGGAGUUCUACGUGAAAAUAGUUCAUCUUGGCUGCAUUACCAUAUGGCCUCAAUGUUCUGGAGGAUCAGAGGGAACGCUCCAAAGGCGUUGGAAUGCAGUCGACGGGCUGUGCAUUAUGCACCAAGAGCAUAUAAAGAUAUUGCCCUUGGAAGCCUAGGGGUGGUACUACAUAGGGCUGGGAAGUCAAAUGACGCAAUCAUAGUUCUUUCAGCUGCAAUCGACCAUGACCCUACUAGUUUUGUUAACUAUUUUGCCAUUGCCAAUGCAUAUUCAGUUAUUGGAGAAUAUAAUACUUCCUUAAAAUAUUAUGACGACUCAUUAAAACUAAACCCUGGGAUGGAGUUACUAAUGAGGCAUAAGUAUGGUGUUAUGUGUCAAGCGAAAUUAUCUUUAAGGAUUAAGGCGAUAAGGGAGACAUUAAAUAAGCUACGCGAUGAAUUAAAUGUUUAUACUCAAAAACAGGAGGCGUGGACUAAACUUCAGACAGAGUUCUUAAAAACUAUCAAAAAUGGGGAAGAAAACAAUAGAGAAAAAAGCUUCGAAAGGAUGUCAGAGAUAACUGGCUUAAACAUGAAAGAGUUCAAGGACCAAAUAGACAAAAACUCUUUGAUAAAAUACUUCCUAGACGGACCUCUGUAUAGUGACGAGAGGUUGGGGAAACAGGGUAUAAGUGCCAUAGAUACGGUAUCUAGCUUAGAGAGGCUUAUACGGCAUGUUAAUAAGAAUCUACAUAUAGCAGACAAUAAUUUACAUAUUCUUGACCAGCUGAUAGAUGGUGAGAUUAAAGAAUCUCGCACUAAAUCUACUGAUACAAAUAAAGAUAAAUCAGCCCGCAAAGAUAAAACUGAAUCUCGUCCAAGUAAUGAGAAAAAAUCUGCAAGUGAUAAAACUAAACUAACUGAUGAAGAAUUGAUAAGUCAAUACGAAACUGGAAUUUUUAUGUAUCCACCUACCAUGCAAAUAAAUCGUAACACGGAGGACUUCGAUAAAGAGUCGGACUGGCCCUCAAAUAGGUUCUGCAAAGAGGCUGGCCCGGCUUUUCCUCCGCGAGUGGAAGCCGUUUUUCCAGUUUUUCUUCCUUUUGAGAAUAAGGGAGUGAGAAUGAAAUACUUGCUAACAGACAAGAUAGGUGUGCCUCUAGCCGAGGAGUACGAACUUCCAUGGCACCCGCCUACUUGCCCCAUAGAUAAGGAGGCGACCGCUUUCAUGCAGAAGAAGUCUUCCAAGCCACAAGUAGUAGUGAACGACGUAGUACAGAUCGGCUACUUGCGUCAGAAACUGCUCGAGUACGUUAGCGAUGGCAACAUUGGAGCGGCUGUACAUAAGCAGGAUGCUGAAAUCGGCCAGCGCAUUCACGUCGCUAUGAAAAAGAGGCUAGCCCCCAAGUGGAUGAUCUACACGCUCGCGUCGCUGUACUGGCGCGUGCGCGGCAACAACGUGAACGCGAUGCACUGCCUGCUGUCGGCAGGCCGUCGUGUGCAGCCCGCCUACGGGGACAUUGUACUCGUGUCGCUGGCCUCCGUCUACUUGGAGACGGGGCAGUUUGACGAGGCCUUGAUAGCCGCUGAGGAGGCAUUUAAGAUGAGCCUGUAUGAGCCAGCGACAAACUUCAUCCUCGCCGAGCUCAACAUGAUAAAGAAACACCGGAACACUCACAUGUUCCACCUGAAGCAAGUCGUGCGCGUUGAGCCAGACUUCAUGAACGGGCUGGCGAGGAACCUCCUCAAUGCAUGGUCUUGCAUCUUGAAACAGGUUUCUUCGCUCAGACAUAUGGAUAGUGAAGCGGGCGACCUGUGCACUCGCGUGAAGCAGUCGGGCAACAUGUACUGCGAGAAGGGCGGCGACAACUGUCACCAGAGCAACAUACAGUGCUUCAGCAAUGUACAAAGAAUUGCCAUAUCGAGAACGUUAGCCAGUUUGAUGGAAGAAAAUGACGAGCUGACAAAUAAGGCCGUAAAAACAGAAAUCGAUGAGCCUGAUUCGCCAAAAAAACAGGCUCAUAAUGCAAUAAACAAGGCUGUGGCCGGCUUCAAGUAUUUUGCUGACACGUCGAAAGAGCAGAUCAAUAAAUUGUUAGCUCAUCAAGUUAAUUUUGAUAAUACUCAUUUGCUGAAGACGGUUGAUGUAGUGUUGAAAGGAUGUGCCCCUAAAGGCUGUGAUAGUGAAGAUUUGACGCCCGUAGACUUAUUCCUCAAGGUAGAGGACUGUGAGUAUCACCAUGUACAAAUUCGCUAUUGGAUGCACAUCGUCGGCGUUCAGCAGUUACUUGAUGAGUCUAAGCUUGAGCUUCCGUCAAAAAUAAAAACUAUGAGCCCAUCAAGCAAGAAUGUCCCCGAAUGUCGGCCCGUCGCUGAUCCCGUGGACGACUUUUACUUGGAGAGGCUCGGUUCGCUGGAGACCGAUGGUUGGGAGCCCGAUGUAGGUCUGAUGCAGAAAUUCUCGGAAAUGUUUGACAAACACGACUUCAUCGAUCUGGGUGGCAAAAUCGCCAAAUACGUCGAAACUUGGCCGCAGUCGUGGCUGGGCGCGCUGGCGGCGGGCUGGUGGUGCGGCGCGGGCGGCAGCGGCGCGUGCACGAAGCAGUGCCUCUCCGCCGCGCACGAGAUGGCUCCCGCGCAGUACAAGCACCUGCCGCUGCGACUGCUCGCUGCGCUGCUGUACAUGCAUUCAAAUAAAGAAGAAGCUAAGGAUGUGGCCUAUUUAGCGUUGUAUUUGGAACCAAAGAAUAAAAUUGAAUCAUUCCUUGCUGCGGUAACCCAUACUUAUCUUGCCGAAUACGACCAAGCUAUCUGGAUGUUUAGAUUCUCGCUUACAUACGACAAAGAUUUCUUCCCCGCCAAAGCGUGUCUCUACGCAACCAUGUGCGACAUGUUCUUCGGCGAAGGGAAAAUUAAAGGACGUUAAGGAGAUUUCACCAUUGACCUCUUAUAAUAAAAGGAUGCACAAUCAUGUAGAAAAUUUCACUUAAAAACUGGCCAAUUUUGCUGCGACAAUUUUAGUAUUAUUGGUUAAGAAAAUUAUACCCAAAGGCCUUUAAAUAUAGUCCAGUAUUCAAUAAAAUCCCAAAUUCAGAGCAAAUUGUACCUUAAAGAUUGAGUUUAAGGUUGAAUUUGCAAAUGCGACUAUUUGAAUUGAGUGCCAAGAAGUUGUGUUUGGCACUCAUUGAGUGGGGACGUUUUUUGGUCGCUAAUUGUGCAUCCACUUUUUAAUAGGAAAACGAUUUCACCGAACAAAUGGCUUAAUACUUAUAUAUAUGUAUUUGCAUUAUUGUAAUGACAAUAUCUCGCUGCAGGAGUUAUAAUAAUCGUGCGUCAUUCAGUCGGUCAAUCGUUUAGUAAAUUAGUCAGACAUUCGGUCAGUCAGUCAGAGAAGGACAAGUAAUGGGUCUUAAAUUGUUCAUUAUCGUUCUACUAAAUUGAAAAAAAAUUGAAAAAAAAAUCAAGAUAUUUUUUUAACAUGACAAAAAUUUCAAUUUUGGUGACAAUACGAGCCAAAACUAUGUCGGCCAUGAUGGUCUAUAUUUUAACUGUUUCAUGACGUCCCGUUAACUAAACCUUUACCAAACAACAAAAUUAUUAGAAAUAAACUUUUAUUAUUUUAUCAAGUAACAUCGUGACGUCACAAAAUCUAUACAACGUGUUUUUGACGUUUGGAAAAAAUUUAAAAAUAAUAUCGAUAUAUUUCCUUGAUACCAUUCCCCUUUCUCCAAGUAUUAUAUGAAAUUAAUAUUGUUUAUAUUGAAUUUGAUAUUAGUCAACUACCCUAUUCAAGUGUGUAAAAAAUAUACGAAGGUAAUGUAACUGAAUUUUGAAAAGAAAAAAAUUGUCUGACUUUGAAUUAAUUUACACGGGUAAAGGUUUAAAGAAAUAAAUAAUCAUAACAAAAUGUUUUGUAACUUCCUGUAGCGAAAUAUUGGUCAUAGUGUAAUACUUAACUUAACAGUGUCCAACCGACAGUGCCGGGUUAAGGUAAUUUGCCUAAACAAUCUUUCUCCGUGGGCCCCAAAGAUUUUAUAAUAGAGAUUGGCUAUGCUAACACCAAAAAUUAAAGAAGUAGAAAUAAUUGAAUUCCACGGUAUAUUGUCGGUUUACCAUUGCAGUGCCAUCUAUUGAUUUCUUAUUUAUUCCAGUCGAAAAGUAUCGACAUCUGUUAGAAUCUAUUGGAGUUAACAGAUAAUUGUGACUGUCAAUUAAUUAUAGACAAAUAAUUUGCAAUAAAAUAAAAUUGCGACUGUAAUUAAAGAUCUAAGCUAUCCUAUCACUCAAGUUGGACCAGACUGCUCACGGUGUGCCAAUUUAAUUUAAAAUCGGUGAAGUAAUUUAGGAGUCCAUCGCGGACAAACAUCGUGACAGGAGAUUUAUAUAUAUUAAGAUAUUAUGUCACUAGCGCGUCAAAACUGAGAUGAACAAUUGCGGCUAAUUGUCUUAAUUUCAAUGAAUCGCAUAGCAAAUAACGAAAGUUAUUUAAACAAAUAAUACAUAAAUAUUGUAUACAAUAUAUCGAGUUGUGUGUUCAGGAAGUGUAAAAACGAUUUGUUCAAUUCACUGGAUUUGUUUAGAGAAAAGAUAAAAUCAUAUUGUUAUUUUAACAUGUUGUGAAAUAAACACAUCAAAUAAAAUUCAGAGGAUAAAAUAAUCGACCAUAAUAACCUCAUUAAUAACAUUUUAUCCUCUGAAUAAAAGUACAAUGACGUAAAACGUCAUUGCAUAUCAUGUCAAAUAAAUCAUGUAUAGACAAGAAAACAAAGUGACGUCAAACAAACAACAAACAAAAAACAGACGUCAUUUCAUAUAAAACGUCACACACAUUAGGAACAAACCUCAUCAACGACGGACUCAAAAAACCUACAUAUCAAAAUCUGCAACAUCAUACAUAUAUUCAAAAUAGAAUCAAGAAGAAGCAAGAAAACCGAAGAAAGAAACCUGCACCUAUAAAUUAUUAUAGUCAGUAUACAACAAACAUUCUCCGUAAUUUGAUCAAAUCUCUAAGGGAAUUGACCAAAUCUCUGCUUUUAUGAUAUGCCUGUAACAUAUACAUAAAUAUAUAUAGGAAUUAAACGCAAAAUUGUUCAUGUGUGCGCUCUGUGGUGUCGCUAAAUUUGGAUCACUUUAUAUAUUCGAUUAAUAGCGACGGAAUUGAAAAUAUUGCUUUUUUUUGUCGUCCGAUCGCAAUGAAAGAGAGGGUAGGGUUGCUUACUGAGGAAAAGAAAUUCUUUUUCGCUUAUCGCUAUUAGUUCUAUAAAAGAACACUGCGGUUGGACACUAAAAUGGUAUGCAUUUAAAAAAAUAAUUCUUUAAUUGUAAUUUCAUAAAUGUUACGAACAGUAUAAUGUAUAUAUACCUACAAUAAUAUUGAUGUUUGCAUGAACCAAAAAUAUACAAAAAAAAAGAUCUAAAUCUGGUCUUUAGAGUUAAGUGCAGAUACUAUAUAUGUUGUAAAUGACAAAUAUUAAAAAAAAUCUACCUAUAUGCAUACAUGCCCUUUAUUUUUCAAAUCAUUUGUUUCUGGCCUUUAAAUAGUUCCAGAGAUUUCCAUUCCCUUGCAAGCCUUUUUCUACAUAGGUUCUGUUUGGCGGAAAACUUAACUUACACAUUAAGAAACUGCGAACAAUGCAUUUUGUAAAAUAAAGCUUAUUUUUAGUUUAUUUUUUUGCUCUUUCCAGUACUUUUCGAUUCGGUCACGGACAGACUUGACUUCUAAAGCCUUUUUGUGACAAAAGAUUUUGAAUUUUUCAUGACGUCAUUAGUAUUUUUUUAUGUUGAUAAAUUUAUAAUGUUAUUGACGUAUUCUUCAAAAUGAACAUACUUCUAUUGUCUAUAUCUAUAGCCUCAAUAGCUCAACGGUAAGAGAGGCCGGACUCAUUAUCGAAGGGUGGUGGUUCGAUCCCCGCCCUUUUGGUCUAUUGUCGUACCCACUUCUGAUAUAUCUUUCCCGACUAGUUGGAGGGAAAUAGGAAUAUUGGCCAAAUUUAAAAGAUAUGGCAAAUAUUCUUUAAAAAAAAAUAUAUUGUUCUUUUUGAAUAAACGAGUCUUGACUUUCACUUGGACUUUGUGUAGGUAUGAAUGACUUUGUCUCUAUGGGUGUUACAAUUAUUAUGUACUAAUAAUUUGUCUCAACAAUAAUCAGUUACUUAGUAAAGUAGCGUAUUAAGUGUAAUAGUGUCGUUAUGAACCGCCUGAGAAAAUUUGAGCUUAUCAAGUCAUUCCAAUAUUUGCAUACAAUAUUGUAAUUCUUCAAUGUUUUAAAUGCCCUUCCACUGUGUUGCAUUUAACAUUUUUAAAUAAUUGCUGUCAAAACAUGCAUUAAAAAGGGUGUGGUCUGUGUAUUGUCUAAAAAUCAGUUAUAUUACAAAAACGAAAAAAAUUGGAAAAUAUUCGUGUGAUGUUGUGUAGAAAUAGAACGUUAAUCGUUUAAAUUUAAAUUCUUAAAGAAUUAUAAUUCAGAACAACUGAAAAUUCUGUAAUGUUUUAUUCUCAGAUAUAAUAAAUCUACUGGUACAUAAACCACACUCGAUACAUUUAAUUUAAUAUAAGAACAAAUGUUUUGAACAACAAAGAAAUUCUGUAUAAAAGUUAUUCCAAUAGCUUCUGUAUUCCAUAUGUUGUGUCCCAUUCUUUGUUAUGAUAGAUUUUUAUUAAUAAAGUUGAGUGAUAUGAAUGGUUAUUCAAUUUUAUUCAUUUGAAUCUAGAAAUAGUUAUGCUAGGCAGCAAAAUUUAUUUUUGUUGCGAGUAUGUCUACCGAAUACCGAGCAAGCAAAGGAUUCUAAGAUAAAAUUACGAGCGAUUCAAAAAAGAAACCCGAGCGUCGCGAGGUAUUCAAGAGAACGAGAAAUAAAUUUACUGCAGUUUGCAAAAGAAAUUUUUCAUCUCAUUACAUUGAGGAUAUUGCUAUAGGUAGGCAAGAAAACACAAUUUGGCAAUAGGUACAUACCGUUUGUAGAUAUAAAAUUCAUAUUAUUAAAAAAAGGUUAAUUUGCCUAGACAGUAAAACUAACUUUUGCAUGUUGAUUUAAAUGAGCAAAAGUAAGUUUUCCGAACAAGUGAGCUGAAAAAUUAAUUUAUUUAAGGAUCGUUUUGUUACAGUUGAUUUUACCCAUGCGCUUCAUUGUAACUGUAACUCAAUAAUUUGUCCUUGUACAAAAUUAAGACUGACCAAAGUUUAUUUUGACCGCUAGGUCUUUGCAAAUAUACAAAAUAUCCUUAAAUGUUC